AUGGCAGAGCCAUCUGCAGACAAGCUUCACAACUUGAAGCGCAAACGCACCAGAGAAAGGGCGAACGUAACUCGCUUUGUCUCGGAGAUAAAUGGGUAUACAGAGACAACUCCAGCGGACGAUUAUCAGUACUCACAAGGCAGACUUCAGGAGACAUUGAACAAACUUGUUGUAUUAGACGAGGCGAUACAUGAUUUGCUAUCAGACAGCGAUUUCCCGACGGAUGUUGAAAAAUGUGAGGAAUAUAUCGACUCGGCCAAGCGUGCUAUACAUCGCGCCGCGAAGGGGCUGGACGAGAGGCUAGCCGCUUCAACGUCCGCUCUCAGUGUGACACCCUCGGUUCCCGUAGUCGCUGCUCCGAGUUUUGUUAGAUUGCCCACGAUGAAACUAGAGCCCUUCGCCGGGAAUGUAGAAGCAUGGUCUCGAUUUUGGGAGCAGUUCCAAUCGUCCGUCGACCAGAACCCGUCAGUGUCUCAGACUGAAAAGCACGUGUUUUUGAGAGGAUAUUUAGAGGGAGAACCUAAGCGUCUCGUGGAUGGCAUUCCUGUAAUUGCGGACACCUACGAGCAGACCAAGAAAAUCCUUCGGUCUAAAUAUGGAGACAAGAACCGGAUCAUUCAGGCUCAUCUGGAUUACUUAGAGAACCUUAGUCCAGCCCUUCACGAUGACCCGGAAUCCCUGAAUACGACGUAUGUUGAAUGUAACAGGCGGAUCCAGGCGCUAAUAGCAUUGGGUGAGGACGUCGAUGCCUACGGUCGGGUGCUUGCCCCGAAAAUUCUGCGAGCCUUCCCCGACGCCCUCUGCCGCCGCUGGCUUAUCCAUUCCAAAAGGACAAAUACGGCGGAAGGCAACCUCUCCGCGCUGAUGACGUUCUUGAACGAAGAAGUAGACGGGGCUCUGAUUGCGAGCAAGAUUCAUGGGGAGGUGCCGUCUCACUCGGACUUUACGCCUACCGCAGCGACUCUCCAUGUCCAUUCGAAGCAGAAGAGGACUGAGCGAAGGAAGAAGAGACCUGCCGAACCCUUCUGUGUCUUCUGCGAAGGUCGUAAUCAUUGGGCCCAGGACUGUACGGUCGUCCCGGAUGUGAAUAGCCGCAUCCAGAAACUGAAAGCUACCAACCGCUGCUUUCUUUGCCUCAACCGCGGCCACAACUCAAGGGCAUGCAAUAAGAGGGGAGGAGUGCAUUGCUCCAACUGCAGGGGCGGCCAUCACAGAUCCAUCUGUCAAACCAACCGGGAUCCGAUGCUCCCCACUUCGCAAACGCCGGAGACAUCCGUAAACAGGAUAGACGUUUCGUCCCUCAACUUCACGUACCUGCAGACGGCACGGGUAUGGAUUACUGGACCGACAGGGAGGAGCAAGCUUACCCGGUGCGUACUCGACGGAGGUAGUCAGUCGAGUUUUGUGAAUAAAUCCCUAAUAGAUGAACUACUGCUAGAGGUGAUCGACAAUAAGACCUUGUCAGUAAGUUCCUUUGAGACCGAGUCUCCCUCCUCCAGCUCACGCAGACUGGUCCAGAUGAACAUAAAGGGUAUCUGGACGAAUUUCAGCAUCCCUGUCUUUGCACUUGAGAGCGAUCACUCCUUUUCUCCUCUUCCAAGGGUCCCCCAUGACAUCCAGACUCUCGGGAACAUUCGUAAACUGCAACUGGCGGACCCCAAGGACAAUGGCGCUGAUCUUCCUAUCGAACUUCUGAUUGGCGGCGAUCAAUACUGGAGGAUUGUUAAAAAUACUGGACCUGUAAGGCUGUCGCCAUCCCUAGUACUACUACCGUCGCGAUUUGGAUGGAUACUCAGCGGAAGCCGCUCCGGCAUCACUGUGGAUUUCACGACUGUGAACUACAUAAAUUUGGGUCAAGCAGCCUCUCCCCAAGACGAUGACCUUCGCCGUUUUUGGGAUUUAGAAACGAUAGGGAUCUCCUUGGAACAACCUCAAACCAUGAGCGAAAGGGAUUCUUUACUUUUGUCCCAGUUUCACGCUUCCCACCGUCUUCAGAAUGGACGACGAGUGGUAUCACUUCCGAGAAAAGAACACGUCUCCCUAUCCAGCAACUAUCAUCACGCUAAGAAACGGUUCCACUCACUAGAAAGGAGACUUGAAAGGGACGAAACGCUACGCAAGGUCUACCACGAUCAGAUGUUCAACUACAUCAGGCAAGAGCAUGUAGAGAUUGCACCGCCUACAGACGGGACACAGGAUACUUACUACCUGCCCCACCAUUUAGUGAAGAAAGACAAACGUGGUCAUUUGAAAUGGCGCAUCGUCUUCGAUGGAGCAGCACAUGAGAGGGAUGCACCCUCUCUCAACGACGCUCUGGAAAUGGGACCAAACCUGCUUCCGGAGCUCCUCUCCUUGAUGUUAAGAUUCCGACAGCAUCCCCUGGCGAUUAUAGGAGACAUACGCCAAGCCUUUCUGCAGCUAACCCUGCAUCACAAGGAUAGAAACUUGACGCGGUUCCUGUGGUAUCACUGCCUCAAGCACGAGGAUGGGAGCUACACCCUGACGGACGAGGUUGUAUCGUAUCGCUUCACGAGAUUGCCAUUUGGACUCACUUGCAGCCCAUUUCUCCUUUCCGCUACACUACGGGAGCUAGCCACCAUUCAUGAGGGGGAAUUUCCUCAGGCAGCUGCUCUCAUCAACGAUCAUAUGUUCAUGGAUGACUUUGUUGCCGCUGUUGGAAAUGAUAAUGAUGUAAUCUCGCUCUACUACCAGCUCGUGCGCCUUAUGAAGAAAGUACAGAUGCCCAUGGCAAGGUGGGCAACUAAUUCACAGCAGCUAAAGGACAUUUGGACGGCCGAAGGCCGAGACAUCAAACAACAGGCUCAAGUUCUGGGCAUUGACUGGAACACCGAACUCGAUACCUUCAACUUUGAUCAUCGGGACGUCACAGAUAAAGUAGCGGCCGGUCCAACUACCAAGAGAUGCCUCCUACGGGCCGCUGCCACGUUCUACGACCCCCUUGGACUGGCUUCACCAACAUCAGUAGUGGCGAAGAUUUUAUUUCAGGAUACGUGGUGCCGUGGGAUUGGCUGGGACGAACUCCUGCCACACGAUCUCGGAGUACGAUGGCGCCACUGGAUCUCUACUCUUACUUCUCUGUCUCGUUUCAACAUUCCCCGCUGUGUUCACAUUAUGCAUAGCAAGGGGUCACAAGUUCAUGUAUUCUGCGAUGCCUCCGAGCGAGCUUAUGGCGCUGCGCUCUACGUUCGGAACCCAAUGGACCACGAUGCUACGGUACAACUAAUGUGCAGCAAAAAUCGACUCGCUCCUCUCAAAAGGGUCACCCUUCCACGCUUGGAGCUCCUUGCCGCUCUUUUAGGUGCCAGGCUCCUCCGCUACUUCAGCCGGGCAACAGACUACCCGAUUACGGAUGCUACCUUAUGGAGCGAUUCUCUGGUUACGUUGGGAUGGAUACGAGGAGACCCCAAUAAAUGGAAAACCUUCGUUUGUAACAGAGUGACCGAGAUUCAAACUUCCACUGCCCCUAGCCAGUGGCGACAUUGCCCAGGAGGGACCAACCCAGCUGACUGCCUAUCCCGAGGACUACCUGCUGACAAACUUGCCUCCUUUUCCUUAUGGUGGAAUGGUCCUAUUUGGCUUGCACAGCCUCCAAACUGCUGGCCUAAUGAUACUAACGUCCUAGACCCCACCCUACCGGAGGCCAAGAAAGCUGUGAACCAAGUUCUGACCGUCUCCUUGUUCGAGCCACUGCUUCAAAUUUCUAGAUUCAGUUCCCUUUGGAAGGUGUUACACAUCACCGCCCUCGUUAUUAGGUUUGUUCACAUGUUAAAGAGGAACGAACGACCACCAGCAGGCCUGACGGCGUCGGAAAUACACAAGGCGCGUAUGUACUGGAUCCGAGCAGUCCAAUCGGAAUGUUUUCCCGAGGAAGUAAGUCGUCUAAAGAGAGGCGAACUUGUGCAACGCACAUCGAGGAUUGCUUGUUUCAACCCUUACAUGGAAGAUGGAUUGAUUCGUUUAGGUGGAAGAUUGCAGUUCUCCAGACUUACGCCAGAUGAAAAACAUCCCGUUAUACUCGACGGCUCUCACCACUUCACGAAACUAUUGAUCAUGCAGACCCAUGUUAACCUUCAUCAUCUCGGAGUACAUAUUGUUCUGACGGAGCUCAGACAACAGUUCUGGAUACUGAGAGCCCGCCAAGCCAUAAGGAAAGUGCUCCAUGACUGCAUGCCCUGCAAAAUAGCUCACAACCGACACGCAGAUGCGUUAGAAGCACCACUUCCUGCGGACAGGGUUCAACCCUCCAAACCCUUUUCAAAUAUAGGAAUCGACUUCGCCGGACCCUUAUACAUUAAGUCCGGUGGAACCACUAAGAAAGCAUACAUUCUUCUAAUCACUUGCUCUUCCACGAGGGCACUGCACCUUGAGCUUACGACGGACCUCUCCACGGACCGAUUCCUGAUGGCCCUACAACGGUUUGUUGGAAGAAGAGGGCUACCCCACACCAUUUACUCAGAUAAUGCUCAGACCUUUCAUGCAGCCAACAAGGAACUAAAGGAAUUCGGUUCCGUGUUGUUAGAUCCCCGCACGCACCAAUAUCUCGCUCACCACAAUGUCACUUGGAAGUUUAUCCCCCCAAGGGCGGCUUGGUGGGGAGGGUGGUGGGAGAGGAUGGUGGGAUCCGUUAAACGCUGUCUACAGAAGACUUUAGGGAAGCUGCAGACCGACGAAGAGCAGACGAAUACCCUACUUGUCAGUAUUGAAGCCGCCCUCAAAUCGAGACCGCUCACAAAGGCGGAUGACCAGAACACCUUGACGCCAGCUCACUUCCUGACUGGAGAAAGACUGACCACGAUACCCUCCGGACAAGCAGCAGCAGCAAAUUCUAGUCUGAGCAAGCUGUAUAGGCUGAGGCAAAAGAUUGCAGACGACUUCUGGAGACGUUGGAUAAAGGAUUACCUCCUAGAACUAAGAUCUUUCCAUACACGCCAGAAUCCACGUAAAUCAGCUGAGCUCAAGAUUGGAGAUGUUGUACUCCUGCAGGAGAACCACAUUCGACGCUACAUGUGGAAGUUGGCCCGAGUGGAAGGACUUCGACCUGGCAGAGAUGGCGUGGCGCGGACCGUGCUCGUGAGGACGACCCACGGCUCGCAGAUGGCCAGAUCCAUUCAGCUGGUUAUCCCUCUGGAGAUCGGGAUAGACCAAGGUGGGGAGGAUGUGGAGGACACUCGCACGCUAUCUGGUGUGGAGGACACUCGCGCGCCAUCUGGUGUGGAGGACACUCGCGCGCCAUCUGGUGUGGAGGACACUCGGGCGCCAUCUGGUGUGGAGGGCACUUGCACGCAGUCUGGGGGGAUUCUACCAAACCAUUUGAUUCCUUUGUACCCCAGGCUCAGUCUCAAAUAA